AAACAUAAAAUUCACUUUAAACUUAUCAAAUGAUGCUACAUAAAAGAUAUAAACUCAACAAAAACAGAAAAAGUCAAACUAAAAACACAGCACAAAAAUACACAACCGCCAGCGUCUCCCGUUCCCGGUGACCUUAAGUUUUCCCACGGUAGUUUAACGCAACCACAGCCCCCAGCCAUUUGUAAACACGCUAAAUGCGUUAUCGCUACGUAAAUUCCGUACUCCACUCUUGCCUCGAUAGUCAACCGUAAAUUGUCGAGCGUACGUCGAGGGGGAAUCACGAGACCGCGACGCUUCAAAGCGAGGACGCGCGGAUCAGAUGUCGGCAGGAAGAUGUUGACGUUAUUCCAAACCUAAAGAUGAAUAUUCGUUUCUCUGACGAGUUGCGGAAAUAUUAAAGGCGAAGAAUGGGAAGCAGUACAUGCGUUGUCUCGUAUGCUGAAAGCUUGGAGCGCAGACUUUUUUUUCUCGGCGGUGAAUUUAGGGGAGACUAGCUGCGUUGCAGCAACCGAGCUAGCGACAUCGCAGCCCUUUUUGUGGCCCUCAGCGCUCCCUCCCAGCUACACCUAGCAUCCCGUCGCUUGCACAACAAGGGAAAAUGGUUUACCUGCUAAAUCCCAUAGAAAACCUAAGAGGCUACAUCACCAACCGUCCACCUCUGGUCAUUUUUAUGAUCAGUGUCAGUGCGGUGGCCAUUGCCUUCCUGACCAUCGGCUAUUUCUUCAAAAUUAAGGAGAUAAAGUCUCCAGAGCUCACAGAGGACUGGAACACGUUUCUGUUGCGCUUCAACGACCUGGACUUCUGCGUGUCGGAGAACGAGACAAUAAAGCACGGCCUGAACGAGUCGACCACCCCGGAGAGCCUGGUGGUGACCAGCGGCCAGGCCCGCUCCAGCACACAGCCCCCCCUGCUGUUGGAGGACUCGGGCCCCAUCAACAUCUCUGUCUCCAUCACCCUCACGCUGGACCCUGUGCGGCCGUUCGGAGGCUACUCCCGCAACAUCACCCACCUGUACGCCACAGUGCUGGGGCAGCAGGUCGGCCUAUCAGGCCGGGAAGCCCAUGAAGAAAUAAACAUCACAUUCACUCUGCCCUUGUCCUGGAACUCGGAUGACUGCGUGCUGCACGGCCACUGUGAGCAGGUGGUGUUCAGCACGUGCAUGACCAUCACAGCAGCCAGCAAUAUCUUCCCAGUCACAUUGCAGCCGCCACACUGCAUCCCAGAGACGUACACCAACGCAACGUCCUGGUACAAGGUGUUCACCACGGUCCGUGACUCAGACACCAAGUACAGUCAGGACUACAACCCCUUCUGGUGUUACAAAGGAGCGAUCGGCAAAGUGUAUCAUGCACUCAACCCCAAACUCACCGUCAUUGUCCCAGAUGACGACCGCUCCCUCAUCAACCUGCAUCUGAUGCACACUAGCUACUUCCUGUUUGUCAUGGUCAUCACUAUGUUCUGCUAUGCAGUCAUAAAGGGGCGGCCUGGCAAGGUGCGACAAACCAACCCUGACUUCUGUCCUGAGAAGGUACAACAGACACCAGCAGUGCUUUAUGACCUCAACAGGUGGCGCUGUCAGAGGGUUAAAAAGAUGGCAGAAAGCUCUGCCAGAGGUUACCUGUAACAUGGACUCAGAGACACAGAAGAAAUUAAAAAAAAAAUUACAUCCCAGUUGCCUAGUGAUCCCUGGUAAUACAUGAAGGGGUACAAACGCUCUGUGAAUGCAUUACUCUCGCAAUGUUGGGGUUUCUCCAACCAAAGAUAUACAAGUGCCUGUAUCUGUGGUGUAAAUAUUUGUUGGAUCUCUUGACCAUUCUGUGCAAAACCUCUUUCUUGUUUAUUUUUGUUUGGGAUAGUUUAACCCCCUUUCCCUCCAUGUCCCCGAUGUGCCAUCCCAGGACCGCUCGAUAAACACAGAUGAAGGCCGGACUCAGUAACUUUACUGUGAAUUUUCCCUAGAGCCGCUUUUAAACUGAUCUUAAAAACUUGACGGGUCAUUUGAAAUGUAGUUGAGUUGUCAGAGGUUCUCUCAGCUCAAACAGCGAGGAGACUGAAAGAAGUCAGAAAAACAAUUUCACGCCCUUAUUUAUUUUACGUCUACAAUCUUAAAGAAAAUUGCAUCCAUCAUUAUAUGGGAGGUAUCCGAUCAGUCCCAUCAUCUCUGCACAGUUCGGGUUGACAAACAGAUUUUACCCAGAAAGCGUUUUUGCCUUAUUUUUUCUCCCUUAUCACCUAUCUGGCUCCCAUCUCGCCUCACUUUGUGUAGUUUUUAUCAGACAUUUUCCCGACUCCACCUGGAAACAUAACGCAAUAACAUCUUGCCUUACCUGUGGUGGACCAGCUGAAAUCAGACGAGACCUUCAUACCUUCACCAACCAACGUUUAUUUUGGUUGUUUUCUGCUGAUUAUUAGGCCUGCUGUUGCUAAACGACUGCCUGCUUUUCCUUUUCUUUGUUGUUCUAUAUAUAGCUCCAGUGUGUUGUGUAUAUAGUGACACCCAGUGGCAAAAUUCAGAAAUUGCAACAAAAUGAAUUCCCAGAAACUACGUAUCAGCGAAAGAGUAAUAAUUUUUACUUAUUUAAUUUUUCUCUUGCCCCAAAAUGUCACACACUGGAACUCAAUAUUUAAAUCAUCCAUCAAUUAUCAUUUUUUUGAGCCACCUGAAAGUUCAAUUUCACAACAAUUGCACAUCUUCAGUUUUAUUACAUAUUUGGAGCACCUUCAUAAAUCUGGCACAUUUAGUUAUCAACUUCACUUGUAAUGUUUAUUAAAUUUCUCUCAAAUUCAAACUGAUCUGCAUCUGUAAAAAGUGAUUCUAUUAACUUACUAGCUAGUGCUGUCAAAACGUAAAUCCAGAUUAAAUCAACCGCUUGACGGCAUCAUUCAGAGGCGGUGGUACAUUUAUGUCGGGGACUAUUUAAAAAAAAAAAAAGCUUGUCAGCACUUAACAGAUGUUUUUCUACAUAAGGGUUGCUGACCUUUUAGUUGCAACUGCUUCACUGCAUUAAUACUACCACAUAUUUAUGAUUGGACACAAAUCCGUUAGACAAAAUGUGCAAAACCCCACAGCUGUGUGAAUAUGCGUGAGUGGGUUUGGGAUGUUUGUAGAUUAAAAACGUGGCUGUAGACUGACAUUCUCUGAAAUCUCCUUCAUAGAGACUUUUUUUUAGGAACACCUGGAAAAAUGUUUUGUUGUUGAGUUGGCCUCAUUCUUAGAUCAGCUACUGUUAUUCAGUAUGAUCCGGACGCUUAUCAGGAACUUUGAGAAAUGUCAAAAAAAAAUCUGAACAAAUUGUGACUUAUGUAGAAAUGGUGAGCUGUGACUUCUUUCUUUUUUUGUAGGAACAUAUAUCAUAUCUCCAACUUUAAACAUAAAGGAGGUGUAAAAAUUCUCAUGUAGCCACCAGAGGGUUCUCCUAGUGAUAUGUGCAAUAUGGCUCAUAGUUUAGAUGUUGUAACUAUUUAUUUGGGGCUUAGAUUUCUUUUUGGUAAACUCUCUUGAGAAGAUAAUGUUACAAUGGCAACCGGUGACUCCGCAGUUGUGUGUUUUUUCCUCAGCUUGCUCAGCAUGCAAGUUUUGGGCAUAAGCUUCAUUGGUUUCCUUCCAAAUUUAUUGCAUUUGUUUUUUAAUAAUUGUUUUUUUUUUUGUACAAUAAGAUGCAAACUGUUAAUUUAACUGCUAUCACGAUCUAACCUCCCAACAGUCUCUAUGGAGGAGAACAGAGUUAUAAGAUCUACUGUGUGCCUGCUUGACAUGUAAUAUGGUUUUGUUUCCCUGUCGUGGUUCCCGGUAACUUUGACUUACCUCUGUACUAUAAUUUUAUUUCAUAUUUAAUGUACCUGUUGAAUGUACUUUUUUAUAAGCAGCGUAAUCGAAAUCUAAGAUGCAACAAUUCCAACUGAGUUUAAACUAUGAUAUAAUUUGUUUUUCUCUUCAUUUCGUUUCAGUUUGAAAGGCUUUACUUGAAUCCAGUUUUUGAGUGGUAUUUACGUGACAUUUACAUGUUAUAAGAUGUAUCUUUUUGUGGUGAAUUUAAUUUUGUGGUAUCAGAUGCUCUAUUUUUGGGGGGGUGGGUUGUGUGUUGGUGAAUGGUUGAAAACUGUUUUUGUUUUCUGAACAAAGUCUUCCUGAUUCAGAUGUAUCACAAUCUGUUAACUUUAUCAUCUCAUUUUGCUUCCAUUGUUGUUGCUUUAAAGUCUGGUAGCUCAUUAUUGACAGGUGUGAUGGAUGGAAACUGGGUGUGUGAUUGAUUGUUGUUGCCAAACUGUCAUUAUUAUCAUGUGUAGCCUGAAUUUGCCUGCUUCUUUUCCAUGUUUGAGUGAUUUUCUUUUUGUUUUUUUUUCCAUUUGUUUUUUUUUCUUUUUUUUUUUUUUGCUAGAAUUGCCUCUUAUUUACAGCAGAUUGCCUUAACAUUGUCCAGUUUUACUUUUCUUUGUUUCACAUAUUGUAAAUCACGCCGGCUUAAGAAACAAAUCAAGUGUAUACUUAAAGGUUUUUGGGUUUUCAAUGCAGUUUUACAUGCUCCUCUUACGUUGUACCGUUUCAAAAUGAUGGUUGCUUUACAAAAUAACCUUAAAUGCAGUGCUGUCAUUCCACUCCCCUAUCCUCCCAACACGUUAGCAGCGCUUUUACGCAAGUAUUAAGCCAACUCUGUGCCUUCUGCACUGUCCAGCUGCAUCCUUCUCCUUGUACAUACACUAGAUUUAGGAUCAUAGGUUUCCAUGUGGCUAAGGCGUCAUUCAAACCCCUAUUUCUCUUCAGUGGAACUGCUGUAAAUGAAUUCAAAUUUAAAUAAAUAAAUUGUCUCAAAAGUCCAACAA